AUGGCGCCCAACAACAACGACGGCGAUUUUGUCAACGACGAGCCUGUUACUUCCAACGUCAAGGAUGUCAAGCCCCUUCCACCAGAUGUCUCCGAGGAGGACAUUGACGAGACGGUUCGCAGAAACCCUGAAAUGCAGGAAGAUAUGGUUGAUGGGAUUGACGAGUCCAACAUCAUAGAAGAGACUACACGAGGAGCGCAGCCCGAGGGCGGGUCGUAUAAGGAACCCAGCGAUGACGUGAGCGACCUGGUGAAGUAG